AGAGGUUGCUAGGCAACUGAUGUCCGUUUGGGUCAAACUAACCUGACGAAGGGAACAGAUAGGAGUUUCUGCUAACUGUGUAAGACACGAACACAACAACAAUGUCGUCCACUUCAGGCUCGGUUGAACCUCCCCUAGAGGAGCAGAUAACGGAGAUGAAGCGUAAAAUCCAACUAAUCAAGAGAGAAAGGGCAGCAAUCUAUGAGAGCUCCCAGGCCACCAUCCAGAAGAACAGAGACACCAUCCAUCAGCUGAGGCAGGAGAACAUGAGGCUGUACAGAGAACAGGCUGAAGCUAAUGCUGCUAAUGACAGAGGCUUGGAGAAAGAUGCCUACCUCAACAUGUCAGGGAAGGCAUCUCUGACAAUGCUAGAACAAAGUGUGCUGUCUAAGAAGAAGCGUCUCAAUGCCUUAAAACACACCAACCAGACCCAGAAGCGCCUCCUGGAAGAGUUGAAGAUGGAGUACCAGAGGCUGAAACCAGAGGGCAGCGGUGGAGCACAGUCUGCUGAUGCUUCCAUCUUGAAAAAAGAGGAAGAUGCCAUGAAACUACGGGUGCUGGAGAACAGGCUGGAGAAGACCCAGUUUAAGUGCAUGGAGGCUGAGAACAUCAUGAUUAAUUAUGAGAAAGUCAAAAGUCACCUGCAGGAGGAGAGUCUGACCUACGAGGGCCAGUUGGACAGUUUGGAGGCCGAAAUCCUGAUGGCCAGACAGGAGCACCAGAACAUGCAGGCUAUGUACAAUGACGCUCAGCUCUCUAAAGAAACUGCCAAGGCUGAGUUACAGCAACUGGAGGAACAGCUCCACAAGGAGCGCAACGAGAGAGAGCACAUUAUAGCCAUCCACAGGAGAGAGGUUGAGGAGUGCAAGGCCCAGGCUGAAAAAGUUGACAGAAGGGCACAGAGAACAGCUGUGCAGCCAGAUGAGCUGAGCAGCGAGGCCCAGCGCAGCACCUCCGGGAUGGCAGGUGAAAAGGAGACAGCCAUCUACACUUUCGAGGAGGCCUUCAGACACAUCAUGGAGGCCACGGGAGUCACAGAUAUACAGGAGAUAGUGGAGCGCUUUACGUCGCAGAAGGACAGACACCAACAUCUGGAGAAGCUGAGGGGGGAGAACGAGAAGGAGCUAGAGCAGCUGAAGGAGCAAAAGAAGCUCCUGAGCCAACAGCUCCAGGAUAUGAAAUAUUCAGGGGAAGCUAAACUAUCCAGGGACCGACAGAUGCUGGAGGAGAGUGAGCAACAACUGGAGGCUCAGCAGCAGAGGUGUGACGCCGCUAAAGAGCACCAUGAUUGUCUUAUUAAAGCCCUCAGUACUGUCCGAGCCGGGCUGGAGCACCUCGCUGACAAACUUCAACACAUCACACUGAAUUCUUCCAUUUCUCUCCAGAGCGAGGACACAGCAGCUGAGGUGUCUCCAGAUUCCAAUGAGUACGUGCUGGAGCUGAUGACUCAGUGUGAGCUGAAGUUGCAGACGCUGCACGAGAAAGUGCAGGGAAAGGAUCUGACGGCUCUUAUGAAAGAGAUGGAGGCGGAGGAGUUCUUUGUCAGUAUUGAGGGGAAACUGCCAGCUUCCAACACACGUGUCUUGCUGCCCGAGGACCAAAGACCAGACUCCUUCAAUGACGAGGAGGAGAGCAAAGAGGACCAGGCUGACUUCAUCUCACGGGAAGCGCUGAAGCGUCAGUCUCAGCUGAUCAUUGACUCCAAGUCCAAGAAGAAGCAAUGGAAGAAGAAGACGAGCAAGAGCUGAUCCAACAGCCUUCACAGUCUCAAGACUUAAUAAAUGAUCUGAAUUUAGAGCUGAUUGAAGUGUUGAAGGAGCUUACUAUAGGAAUCUUUAUUGACCAUCCAAGUUUCCCCUUUGCUGUUUUAUCCAUUUAUUUAACCUCGACAAUUAUCAGCUUUUUCUACAAAGAAUUACAGGGUAUUUUUAGACAUGAUGAAAGUUAUUGUUGAAUAUUUAUGACUAGACAUACUUUUACUGGUUUCUCGUUGUAUAAGUGAGUUUGUUUUGACAACAGUAAUGUUCUCUGUCAGGUGUCACUGUUGCACCAACACUUGUUUCACCGUCUCUUUUUUCAUAGUUCAGAUUCCACCCUUGGCCCCAUGUGAAACCAAUAGAAACAAUCAAACUUACACUUUUUACCAUCCAUUUUAUUCUCUUUCCUUUUUCCACUAUAAAUGACUACAUAAGGACAAAAAAUGUGCCUUGUUCCCGAAGGGUCUCUCUGUCAUUGUUCGGUUGAUCGAAACCUGUCUUUUAUGAAUGUAAACAUGUUUUAUCUUACACAUGAUACACUGCAGAUUGCAAUUAACUGAAAGCCAAUACUUCUGACGACCUGAUCUUAUUUAAUGGGUGAAUCACAUCAACACCAAAGAUGAACUGUCACAGUAAAAGAUGUGAUACAGAGCAGCGUGUGGGAAGCCUAACCCAACACCUGAACUAUCUGUGCUAUGCUCAGCAUCUCAAAAAUGGUCCUGUCUCUUUGCUCAAAUGCUUUGUGGGUAAUAGAGCCAGCUCUUGGAUGUAAGGUGGAUUGUCUUGUUCUGUGCCCUGGUUCUGGUUUGUAAAACAAUAAAUCUCCAGACAAACUGUCAUAACUUAACCACAA